AUGUCUCCGAAAGCACAAAAGCACGCAAAGUCUCUGUCCUCCCCCAACAAGAGUAACAUGUUUCCACAAUUUCAGAAACUGGACCCCGUGAUCCAGCGCCUCAUCUGGGAAUAUACACUCCCUAGCUCUCGAGUGCAUCACGUCGAAUACAUACAGUCCGUCCCUGCACUUGUCAACCCCCAAGGUCGAUAUCUCAACAUUAAGUGUCCUCUUGUACCUGUUGCAUGUUUGGUAACCAGGCAAUCACGCUAUGUUGCGAAUUUGUGCAUGACGCGGUCCCCCCUGAACACAGCGUUCAAUCUUGAUAGGCAUGGUAUAAUACCAUAUGGCUACUGCAGCCCAUAUGAUACCCUCUACGUUGAGAAGGUAUUCCAAAGCCAGAAAGUUUGGAAACUUGGAAAUAAUCCAUUUUGGGCCUUGGCAUAUGGUCUUCAAGCAAAUGACAUGAUGCACGCUGCGCUGACAGAAUUUCCAGCUUAUCGAGACUUGUUUGCAGGCUUCACACCCAGUCAGAACAUCACACUUGUCAAGAUAAAGGAGUUCGAAGGUUUCGAUGAACACCGGCAUUGUAGCAGAGUCCUACCAGCCGAUCCAAACUACAGUUACGGAAUUGAGUUCGAAGAAACAUACCAUGCCACGGCAUUUGAGAGAGAUCUAAAAGCAUGGAGAUAUGAGCAGGCUUCAAAGGCCAAGAAGAAAGGUAAGAGAAUGCCAGAAAUAAAGAUUGCUGAAGUGGCUCUUGCCUGCGAGUGUGCUGAUGUGAGGGAAAGGAUGGAGGAGAAGGUCAGAGAGUUGAACAGGAUAUCGUUAUCAAAGGAACUGGAGCAAGAUCGCCUAGAAUGA